AUGUCGAUGAAUGAGUACUGGGACACGUCAGUGUUUCCGCUGCUCACAGAUAAUGCCACAAAAGAUACUCACACUCUUUCAAAUGAAUGGCCCCAAAUGAUUUCUGGGUCAUUAGUGUUCUGUGGGUACGAUCCCAAAGUUUUCGGAGAGCUCAUUAUUAUAGUAAAGGAACAUAAAAAGCGUAAAGAAAUAAGCACCGCAUCCAUCACUAGGUUUGGAACGUCCUAUUACCCUAAUUUGAUGGUAGAUGCCAGAUCAAGAUUCUGGCCUGCUUGCGAGAACCUAUUGCCACAAGAUCGAAAAAUACCUAUACGCCGGGCCCUAGCUAUAACUGCCUUGAAGAACUACAGCAAGCUCAUCAACAAUAACAAUUUGGUAGAUGAUGAAGUAUCAUCACAUCCGUGGGACGAAACUGAUGCAGGCAACCUCGCCUCUGACAUGAAGCAGAUAACGGACUCUUCCUCGGUUGAAUUUGGACAAUUCUUUAUUGAAAGAGGUGUUCUUCAAAACCAAUCAAUUCAUUCGUAUAUGAUCGAUGUUCUCUAUGAUAAUCAAUCUGUUUCGCAACCUCACGCAGCUGAACAAAACAACAAGCUUAUAUCAACCUUAGGAGAACAACUCGAUCAGAUUUUUGACCCAUUGCUAGAAUAUUCGCCCGAAGAAGUCGAUAUUGCAUACUCACCUCCUUCUAUUAAUGAUUUCAGAUAUCCCUAUGGCUACAAUCACCCAAAUAUAGUUUCGGUUGUCGAUGAGUUGCUUGAAGUUCAGCAGAACUUUUCCCUGAGAUUGGUGAAAUUGCUUCAAGACCUCAUUAUCCCAUUGAGAAUCCACGUACUUUCGGCUGCCGCAGAAAUAGGCAUUCAAAAAAUCAACCGAGUGUUUCCACCUACUAUUGAUGAAGUGACCCGAAUCAAUUGCAUCUUACAAGACUCAUUACAAAAGGCUGCUCCUUUUGGAUAUGUUGAAAUAAUCAAAGUGCUUGGCAUUACCAUCCCUUACUUCUAUAAGGCAUUAAUCCGUCACGAAGCAAACAUGAAGAACUUUCUGCAGAGAUUUAACAAAUUCUACGAAAAGAAUCGAGAAGUUGUGUUUGAGAAUCGAAUAAUCAAUAAAGGUAGCUAUACUCUUCGUGAGGUCGAUGCGAUUGUCUCGGGCUCGCUUGUGCAAUUGCCGAGACUCAAGUUAAUUAUCAAGAGACUUCAUGGAGUCAUAAUCGAAGAAAGAAUGAAGAGCCUUAAUUUUGAAAACGAUUCAUCCGACGAAAUGGUUCAAAUCGAAUACUACUUGGAGAAUGCCUUAAAGGUUAUCGAUGCAUUUGGCCUGCAAGAAGAUACUUCCAUGAACGUCGACAUUUCGCAGAGAAUAUUUACUCCCACUGGAAAGAUAUUAACUGAGCUAGCCUCAGAAUGGCCCGCAGAACUACAAUAUGGCUGGCUUUCACGUAAAGUUGUUGGUAUAUUCGAAUUGAAAAACGUCGAGCCGACGAACCCUUCGUUCUUUAUUGAUGUGUUGGUCAUUUUCUCCGACAAAAUAUUAGUGCUCACCGUCACUGAUGAAACAUACUACGAUACUUCAAGCCCAGGAAAACACAUGAGGGUCUCUGAUAUUUUGUUGCAUUCUUUAGUCAAUGGCAAACCAUUACCGGAUCAUACGUCAAUUGCGUCAAUGCGAGUAUCUUCAUGGUGUGAUAUCAACGAGAUAUACACAAGCUCUUACUCAAUAGUACAUGACAAAGAGACGAGACACUUCUUGCAAUUGACAGGGUUUGAUAAUGAGAAGUUUGGAAAUAAUGCGGAUAAAGAUAGUUCAAGCAUAUGCAAUUUCGAACUCUUUGACCGUACUUCCACCGUCCAGGAGAUCACUGAUCUUAUCAACAAGUCCAAAAUCUUGCACAAAAAUCAACCUUUCCACCUUUUUCGAUCAUCUGGGAGAUCUAGAGCUUAUCUCACGGCACAUGAAGUGAGCGCUUACCAUCAGGAGCGCUGUAGAUCCCCCAUCGCAGUUGCAUUGAACACGAAUUUUGAGGACAUAGAAUCAAUGUUUCUGAACUUUUCGAAUAUCACCUUGCUAUUUCACUUUUACUUCACCGACAUUGAGAACGAGAACGUCGCCGUCGAGAUGUACUUGAAGAACUCAAACAUCCAUAUUCUGGAGAGAGUUCAUAUCAACAACCUUUCAAGUACAUUUUAUGACUUGAUUGGAGCAAACUUUCUGCAAGUCAUCAACUACUCCCUGUUGCGUGUUUGUCAAUCUAAAUUAGCUGAAAUGGUUACUUCAUAUAGAAGCCUGUUUCUCGAUGAUGAGAUCUUCAGAUUCAUUCAAGAAGAAAGCGAUAAAAGGCACAGAGAAACGAAAGAAAGAGAACCAAAAUCGAUCGCGAGAAAAGAGCAGCCACCUCCCAUUGACAAGUCUUUAGUCACGAACAAGCAAGAACUGCAGCGAAAAAGAGGUUUCUUUGCGAGACUCUUUGGACGCCAUAAAAAAGGAAAGCCCUCUAAGGGUGAGGCUGAGAAUAUACCGCAAACGACAGAGAUGAAGAGCGAACCACAGGGUGUCAAAGUCGAAUACAAGCACUUGCUUGUGCCCUCACCUACACUUCAUAAACUUGAUGACUCAAAAAUUCCUAUUGUUGGCAAAGAAAGACAAGAACUGGAACAUUUGCCGACAGUUGAGCAGGAAGCGGAAUGGCGUCAUGAAGUUACGAAGGAUGAGCCAGCCCCGGAGGCAGACUCAUAUGACAUGAACUCGUCUUUCCGAUUUCCACACUAUACACCAUCGAGUCAGCAUACAACAUUUAUACUUGACAAGGAUAGUACAUUUGAUGCACCCCCAAGAAGCAAGAUGGUAACAUCUAUAUCACACUCUGUUUCACAAGAAAAGAUUGAUGAAUUGAAGGAAAACCCCCAAUUUGCAGAAUUUCUUAGAACUUUCCUAUACAAGGAUGGUGAAAACAACUGGACUACUAUAACUAAAUGGGAGCUGGGUCAGCUAAAUAAAGAGAUCAGUACGCUCAAGCAACUAACCACAAUGGAUUCUCAAGACGUUAUCGAGAUUGAUUCUCGUGACUCUAGUUACAGCGAUACGAGCUUGAGAGAAGCCAUAACAGAGAAGUAUGAGGACGUCUCAUAUGGUCUCCCAAAGAAGUUCACACCCGAGAAAGUGACGAUUGCGAGGGACUUAUCGACUCGAUCAGUCACGCCAUCCGUUGCUGCGUAUGAACUUGGAAAAGCUAUGGACUUCAACUUCUCUACUCAGAGUGUGGGCCAUAGUUCAGAGGAUGAGUAUUUUUCAACAGAAGAAAACAUACAGACUAAGUUUAAGCAUGACCAAAGGACCCCUGACAGCGCUUGCUUCAGCGAUGACACAAUAGUUAUCGAUUCCAUUCACACCAAGCUUUACGAGGCUGAGCCUAUUAUAAGUGAUGAGAAACAACAAGAAGUUGUCCAGAGCGGCAACCCUAUGACCAGGGAAGCUUCAUUCUAUUUGGGGAAUUUUGAGUCGAUGGCUUACUUGUCCAAGUUUAUGUCAAAUACCUGA